UUAUAAUAGUUUAUUUUCAAGAAAAAUAGUCCUAUGUACUUGAGUGGCCGUGUCUGAAUGGGAGGGGGCGCAAAAAUCACGGGGCUCCCUGGCUGCGGGGGUCGCCGCCCAGGAGGACUUCACUUCUAGAGCCCCGCUUGGGCAAAUGGUGGGGACGCAAGGUGCAGCUACAGCCUCAGAAAAGAGGGUGAGAGAGGAUGCCGGAGAGCGCGGGCAAUUUCUCUUUCCUGGCCUCCCACCGCACCCUUUGUAUCGUGCCAUUUUAACGAUCUCACACCUCUCGGGAUCACCAGAGCCCAGGCGGCUCGCCGGGAGCGAAGUGUGUAUUGUUUGGCUCAGGAAAUGUGGGGUAAUGAAGGUGCCUCCCACUGGGCUGGCAGGUCACUGUAUUCCGCUCUGGCCUCCGGUUUGGGGGAUGGGUGACAGCGAAGGGGUCCGCGGAGCCGCGCCGCCGCUGUCUGGGGGACAGGGAGCGCAGCCUUUGUGCCGAGGCUGCUCCCGGCUCCGGACGCUGGGGGGCGGCCUCCCGCCCGCAGACCCCCGACAAUAGCGGGAGGGGUGGGGAAGCCGCACGGUUCCGGAAACUUUUCCCUGGAGUCCUGACCGCCGCCGCCCGCCCCCGGGAGCGCGGAGCUGGGCGCGCCUAUCUCCGGCCGGCCGACGGUGUGCUCGGGCUGGCCCGCUGCGGCGGAACCGCACAGAAGGGGGCGUGCGGGGCGGCAGCGCCGGGGCCGCGGGCAGCAAGGGAGGCUGCACGCGGGUCCCUGGCCACGCGUAGGCGCGGGCACCGGACUGGGCGGAAUGGAGCCUGCCAUGGGGGAGGCUCCCAGCCGCGCACCGGCGCCCGCGCUCUGGGACUGGGACUACCUGGACCGCUGCUUCGCCCGACACCGUGUCUGCAUCUCCUUCGCCCUGUGGAUCUGCGCCUCUUCCUGCUGGAUCGCCGUCCACGCGCUGCUUCUGUAUCUGAGAUGUGGGAGGAAAUCUGGACGGGACCAGUCAGCGUUAUGGGCUGCGUGCUGCCUCCUGAUCAGUCUGUGUGAUACCAUUGGGGCGAUUCUGGCCAAACAACUCACCAUUCAGGUCUUCACUGGUGCCUACCUAGCAGCUGUCGACCUGGUGAACUUUGUGUCCAUUCUUUUCCCAGUCUGUGGCUCCAAAUUCAAGUCUAAUUCAGGACGGGGCUCCCGGGAGAGGAAGAGGAGGCGGCGGCUCCAGGCCAGCGUGUUUGCCCUGGUCCUGCCACUGAGCCUGGGCCCGGGCUGGGCUCUGUGGGCCGCCAUCCCAUGGGCUUCAGGCCAUGACCGAGGGCUGCAGAGGAGGCUGCUGGGCAUCCUGGUGCAGGACAAUACAGAAAUCCUCGGCUUCCUGCUGGGUGGCAUCGCGGCCUUGGGCUCCUGGGUUUCCCGGAUCCCCCCACUCUCCAGAAUCUGCCGGGGUAGGACAUUUCCUUCCAUCCACCUGUGGACCCGGCUCCUGUCAGCCCUGGCUGGUCUCCUCUACGCCUCGGCCAUCGUGGCCCACGACCGGCGGCCUGAGUACCUGCUGCGGGCCACGCCCUGGUUCCUGACCUCGCUCGGCCGUGCAGCGCUGGACCUGUCUAUCAUUUUCCUUUCCUGCGUGAUGAAGAGCAAGAUGAGGCAGGUCUUGGGAUUUGCCUCUGAAGCGGGAGAGAACCCCGACACCCAAGCCCUUCUGACCUGUGCAGAGAAGGAGGAAGAAAACCAGGAGGCAAUGACUGAGAACUCGGAUUGGGUGCCGCUCACCGCACUCCCACACUGCAAGCCGCUCAAGAGGAUGGCAGCCAUCAGUCGCUACAUGGAGCUGACCAUUGAACCGGUGCAGCAGGUGAGCUGCAGUGCCAGCAGGCUGCCUGGCGACGGACAGAGAGACACAGGAGCCACGUCCCUGCAGGAGCCCCCCUCCUACCCUCCGGUUCAGGUCAUCCAGGCCCGCGUGUCCUCCAGCAGCUCCUCCCAGGUCUCUUCCAUCAACUCGGACCUCGAGCAGAAGUAUUGGGAAGCCCUAAUCUCGGAGCAGUGGGAUCCUGAAGAUGUAAACCUUGGAGAGAACAAAGACAGCAUGGAGACACUCAGAUCACAGGCACACAGGUGGUCUGUGAAGCCAGUGGACUUGCCCUCUGAUGAGUAACACUUUCUGGAGCCAACUCAGCAGCUCAGAGCCCAAGGUCAAGCAUUUGUCAGGAACUGAGCAGGGAUCAACCUGCAGGGACAGCCUUGGUAGGAAUUAAGCUUCUGCCAAGGCUGCCCAUAAAAGUGAGGAACCAGAAGCUGUCAUGGAGCUUGGCUGGUCUGUACCACAGCUCAGAAUGGAGCUAAGACUUUGGGCCCAGUGGACAGACUUGAACAUGCCCAAAGUUUGUUCUAAAGAUCUGCAGUUUGUCACAAACCACUCGUGCUUUGACAUAUAAUCUAAAGGACUUUGGGCCCUCUGUUCCUUUUCCCUUUGGAGUCAACCAUACUCUGAAUAUCUGCUGUGAAUGAGUUCAUCUAACAAGCAGCUAAUAUGUUUGGAUCUCAGCAAAGCCCCAUUAUGCAAGACCUGGCUAAGCCUAGCGAGCAGUGGGCCCACAUUCUGGGUGUCUAGGACACAAUGACAAGUUCUGAUGGGACCUGGCUACUGCCUUCCAGUAACCCAGUAGAGUUUUCUGCUGAAAGUUGAGAGAGGACUGUUUGAUCAACCAAGUGUUUACAAGAUCACUGGUAUUGCAAAGGCAAGCAAAGCAAAUUGCUCUAGGUACAAGGACUUGCUCCAGUCUGGCAAAGUGUGUGCUGGAGCAAGGUCUGCAGGUGAAGGGGACUGUCUGCUUUAGAAGGUAGCUGAAAGCACGCAAAGCUAAGAGGCAUGGCUGGAGGUGUUAAAUUCAAGCACCGAGAUCCCCUUGCAGGUUUAUUUUGGAGCUAAGGUGGGAGGAACACUAGAAUGAAUAAAUCCUGAUUGAGAGAACUACAGUAUUUCACCAUGGAGCUCAGGGAUACAUCUGAAUCCCAGCACAGCCUCCAAAGUCAGCCACGAGGGCAUCUGGGAGAAAUGCCAAGAAACGCAGCUCUGCUCUUGGCUGGCCCCUGGCAGCCUGUGUGAUUCAGCUGCAGCUGCCCAGCUGCUCCUAAAGGGUAGUGCAAGUCCCACCAGCAUGAAAGAGGGGGUGCCUCUGGGAAGCAGUUCGGUUCCACAGGUCUCUGCAUAGAUUCUAAUCAAUUCCCUAUGUGACCUGCGAACUAGAAGUGAACCUAAAGCCACCCUAUUUAUCCAGUUGCUUUGGACCCUGGUUGUCUUAUAACGGAGUUUGCUAAAGUUGGUUUUACUUUGUGAUCUUAAUCACUGAAGCUGUACUUUGACGGAAGAUGAAACUUUGAGUUGGGGGCCGAGGUGGGGGGUUAGGAGAACCUUCCAGAAGAUGAAACCACACAGAGAAUUGGAAGCAGAGAAGGGGAGAAUCUAGCCAAGGAAAGAAGACUCUGAUGUAGCCAGAAUGGAAGUAGAGAGAGGGUGAAGAGGCUGGAGAGGAACUGGGAGUUGGUACUUAAUUCUAUAGCUGACUGGAAGCUACUGGAAGGUAGAAUAGGAAGCUGACUGGCAUGCCUCAGAUCAACCACAGCUGAUUGGUCAGUUUUACAUCCCUACAGCCACAACUUUUCAGGAAGCAGAAAUGUACAGUCAUGGAUAGAGUACCAACUUGGGGAGUGUAUUUAAUCUGAUUGGUGACAGCAGGGAAGAAAAAGGGUUUAUCUUUGGAAAGGUAAAAGGCAUGGGAAUAGGAUGACAUCCUUGGAGUUUGCCCUCCCUCCAAGGGGAGACUGGCUUGGACCCAGAAAUUGGUUGGAUCCUGAUUGGAAUGUCCAUUCAUUCAACAACAUCAAGUGAUCUUGCUGGCUUUGACCAGCACAAAUUGCUUCAGCUGUAGAUGUUGACCAUCUCUUUAGAUCCCAUUGUCCCAGCCUCUUUCUUCACAAACCAUUUCUUAUUAUCAUUGUCCGAGCUUGUCCCAAAACAGACUCCCAAGUCUCUUCAUCCAGAAUGAACCUUUAAACUGAGAAUUUUGGAAGCAAAGCUUGGCCUCAUUGUUUAAUGAGAACCUGCCUGUUAUUCGAAGCUCUGUAACUCUGGAGCCUUUGUGAAGAAGUGCCAGCCAAAAUGCCUUCCUCCUAGUAAGAGGAUUCUUGCCCUGGGCCUCUGUUGCAACUCCAUCCCUAACUGUCAGUCAGACCAGGAUGAUAAUGGGAGUUAAUUGCCCUGAAGAGUUACACAUAGCAGUGCAACAAGGUUACCUACACUAGGGAGAAGCUGGGAGCCAAUUGUGUAAUCCUCCUCUCCUGCCCAUUCAUCUGAACAUAAGAGAUGGUGUAAUAGUAGUUCUGCUGCCUAUUAUCUGCAUGGCUUGGAGCCUGUUACUUAAACUUGGUGAACUCUUGGGGUAGACUGAGAAUAAUAGCUAUCUAGAAAGCAUGUUGUGAAGAGUAAGUAAUAUAUAUGGAAUGCAUAACACUACUAACACUAGGUGACUCAAAGUAGACAUUGAAGAAGGAUUAGUUUCCUUCCUCCCUAUAAUUCCUGGCCACAUAUGUCCGGAAAGCCAGCUGGUAACCAAAGAAUCACACCGUCAGAUGGAAGAAACUUCAGAGGCGUGAAGAGCCUGACAACAACUCCAAUAAGUGAUUAAGUGGUGGUUAUCCGGCCCCUGCUUAAGCUACUAAAAAAAAAAAAAAAAAAAAAAAUUUCACCCAUUUUAACCUCCCAAAGAAAGAAAUCUGUGAUUUAGGGAGAACUGUAUCAGUAAAAUUUUCUUAAAAUCUGUCUAGACCCUGAAGAACCAAUCCCCUUAUCUCCCGCAGUACUUCAGUAUGAUGAAGAGAUGUUUGAACAAACACCUGCCACACUCACACGUUAUUGUUACAAUGGGGUAUGAGCUCCCCCAGAGCCAGGAGAGGCAAGAAGCAUGGCUGGGGUCCAGUUCUUAGGUCUGCUUCAGUAAGAUCCUUGUCAAGUCAUUUCCCUUUCUGGUUACAGUCUCCUCGUCUGUAAAAUGAAAGGGCGAAUCUCUGUGCCUUUUUCCCUUUUAUGAACAUGCCAGUGAUUCUUUCCUACAGAAGACUAACAUGCUCGUAAACUCUCAAGAAAGAGGCACUAUCAAGAGAAAUUUUAGAUGCACUUUAAGAAUAGGUUUCAUUAUAUAAUGUGCACUUCUCUCUGUUUGGAUUUUACUAUCCGUUUACGAUAAAAUCCCCCUUAUGAAGAGUCCCAAGUUUUGCUGUAAUAAGAGAUCACAGCAUAUGACAUUAAAAAUGUCUGCAGUUUCCUUCCAAUACUGAAAAGUCUUAAGUAUGAGAUAUGAAUAAUAUUUUCCACAGUGACAGAAAAAGAACUCUGUAUCAAUCAUUAAGAAAAAGAAAAGCUUUUCUUAUGUGAUUGCAGCAGGGCUAAGUCCCUAUCCUGGGUCAGGGGCGCUCGCCCCCUUCUCACCCUCCACACUGCCUUAGCGGGGCAGCAAGUCGCCUCCACAAGUUGUGACGGAGAGGGAGGCUCCUAGGGGCACCAUGAGAAGUGAAUCCCAGCUGCUACUUGCUACCUUUUCCUCUGGGAUUCUGCCAAACCGCGGCAGCCUGCGAUCCAUUCAAACCACCGCCCGCCGACUUCCGGGAAGAGAGGGCCUGUGCGGUUCGGCGCGUGCGCACUGUGCAGCCACCGCCUCACGCGAGUCGCGAAUCCUGCACGUGCCGGCCCCUCAGUCCCCGCUGCGUGCGCUUUCCUACUUCACCGCCACCGCGCCCGGGCCUCGGGGGAACUGCACAGGACUGCUCCUGGGAUGCAUUUCACACUGCUUGUUUUGUAACGGGAUAAUCACGAGAUUACCCUUCUCAAAGUAUUUGAGAUCGUUCAGCAUCCUUUAGGGUGUACUGCAGAGCAGAGUCUGUUUUUAAAUAUAUUUAAAAUACGUUUUAGGUUUUUUUUUUUUUUUUUAAUAGCGCAGGUACACGGUUUAAAAAAAGAGAAUCAGAUUGUAACAAAAAGCUUGUAAAGGAAAACAUCAGUGCCCUGCUCCUCCCCUCUGCCCGCAGUGGUCCACCCACCCACUCUUUUUUUUUUUUAAAGACUGCUUUGUUUGUUCUAGCAGUUUUCUCCUUUAGGUUUGAUUUCAAACGUGCUUUCCAGCUGUAAGUUUCCAAGAUUAUACUGUUUUUUGUUUUGUUUUUCUUGGCUAGAUUCUCUCCAACUUCCAGUAAGUACAAGCUAAUGAGACACCACGGUGUGUUGAGAACUGUUUGUCAAAACUGCCUUUACAUCCUGCUUGUUGCUGUGGAAUCCUUCGUGCCAGGACCCUUUCCUCUUGCUGUUUUUCCUGAUCUAGCUUCCAGCUUCCAAGUCCUGCCCACAACAGGUCGCAUCUGCUCUCAGAGCAGCCUAGCUAGGCCUGUCUCUGCUCUGGACUUGACCUUGACCAUCGUUUUAUCUCUGCUGCAGGUGUCCUAGUACUUGGAGCAUCACCAGUGCAAGUCUCAGAGAUUUUCUAAACCCACAACCGGAAAAAGGGCUCUCCUACACUGCAGCUGCCACUGUCUUACCCAAGGACAGCCUGACCAUGUGUGAGAAGAGCUAUGCCAUAGGCCUUUCCUUCUGACCAGCAAGUGCACUAUGGAAUAUGUAUGUCCUAAAGCUCUGGUGUGUGUGGUAUCUGUUCAAAUAAAAGGCUCUUACGCUCCACCCUAGUGAUGUCCUAGGUCUGGACAGGGCCUGGGAAUCUUUGGGGGCUUGUUUUUUGUUCA